CAAAGACCACGUUCCCCAGAGCCGAGCUCCCAGCCGCGACACGUAGCGCGAUGACAGCCAUCCUGGAGCGGAUCAGCACGCUGUCCCUCAGUGGGCAGCAGCUCAGUCGCCUCCCCAAGCUGCUGGAAGACGGAUUCCCGAAGAUGCCUUGCACUGUCAAAGAGUGCGAGGUGCCACAGCUCUUCCGGGAGCCAUACAUCCACACUGGGUACCGUCCCACUGGCCAGGAGUGGAGGUACUACUUCCUUAGCCUCUUCCAAAAGCACAAUGAGGUAGUCAACGUGUGGACUCAUCUCCUGGCAGCUCUGGCCGUCCUGCUGAGAUUCAAGACGUUUGUGGAGGCUGAGCAGUUACCAGUAGAUGCGUGGUCCUUGCCUUUGCUCAUCUUUGUCCUGUCCUCUGUCACCUACCUGACCUGCAGCCUCCUGGCCCACCUUCUGCAGUCCAAAUCAGAGCUGUAUCACUACACCUUCUACUUCAUGGACUACGUCGGGGUCAGCAUCUACCAGUAUGGUAGUGCCCUCGCCCAUUUCUACUACAGCUCGGAUCAGGCCUGGUACGACAAAUUCUGGCUCUUCUUCCUCCCAGCAGCUGCUUUCUGUGGCUGGCUCUCGUGUGCUGGCUGCUGCUACGCCAAGUAUCGGUACCGGCGGCCCUACCCCAUCAUGAGGAAGAUGUGCCAGGUGAUCCCAGCUGGGCUGGCAUUCAUCCUGGAUAUCAGUCCUGUGGCUCACCGGGUGGUCGUGUGUCACUUGGGAGGCUGUGAGGAAGAUGCUGCUUGGUACCACACAUAUCAGAUACUGUUUUUUCUUAUCAGUGCUUAUUUCUUCUCCUGCCCAGUUCCUGAGAAGUACUUCCCGGGAUCCUGUGAUAUCGUUGGCCAUGCUCACCAAAUCUUUCACACAUUCCUGGCCAUUUGCACCCUCUCACAACUGGAGGCCAUAUUAUUGGAUUACAAGAACAGGCAGGAGAUCUUCCUAAAGAGACACGGCCCUUUCUCCAUCUAUCUCACCUGUGGCUCUUUCUUUGGCCUGGUGGCUUGUAGUGCCAUCACAGCUUACGUCCUGCAACGCAGGAUCAAGGCCAGCCUGGCUAAAAAAGACUCCUGAGAGAGUCCCGAAGAUGAUGAGCGUGACAUCACCUGGCUGGUGAAAACCAGGAGGAGGGGGAUAAUAUAUUAGGGACAUAACUGGCUUGUUUGCCUAACACGCUCUGACUAACCUGGACCCUGUGGACUGGGGUGGAGGGCUGGAUACUUCAUUCUGGAUACAUUUUUGCAGCAAGGGCUGCCUUUUGCCGUGCAGGGGGACAUGGGGUAUUUUAAGCCAGAACAAGUCACUUAACCGAGGAUGCUGGAACAGCAGAGGUUUCUUGUUCGUUCUAGAAAACCUGUAGGGAAUAUCAUGCUGAAUAUCAGGAAAGGCAGCCUGAAGGCU